AAAGCUAUAUAACAUCUGAGUUUUGGUUAUAAAUUUCGGUUGCUUGAUUUGAUGGAGUUUUUGCUGGAUUUUGUUUGAUGAUGAAGUUGGUUCUGAGUUUUGUUAAUAUCAUCAUCAUGCCUAGUAUAUCCCGCUCAUAGGAACUAUGAUUAAGGUCUGGGAGGGAAGGAAGGCGGCAACUCAUAUCCAUAAAGGAGAGUGCGGCCAAAGAAAUGAGUACUUAUAUUAGUGGGCUAGAAAUUAGGAGAGUUAGUGGUUGGUUUAGUUGGGGAUGUUGAGAAGAUUAAGAUGAUUAUAACAAAUGGAGCUGGCAGUAUGAGAUUUGUUUAUGGAUUGCCUGGUUAGGUUAUGGCAACUGCUGUAGAGAAUUGCUUGUUGACAAUUCAGUCAAGUUUAUCUCCCUGCGGUACACAGCGUUUGUUAAUUGCCAGGAAAAGGGUUAUGUGCCUUUUAUUGCUUGCUUGCUCAAUUUGUCUUGAAUUUCAUGAGGUUGAUCAUGAUAAUAACAAUGUAGCAUAAUUCUUUGAUGUUAAAAUCCAUUCACUUUGUCUUGAAUUUUCCGUUGUUUCUUCUUACAUGGAUGAAAAGGAGUAGUAUGGUUUCUGUGUGUUGCGGUGUCACACGCUUUGGAUGAGCAUAUAUUGCCUUUGUUUUAUUGGUGGUACAUAGAAUUGGUCAUAAGAAACACCACUUGAUUAUUUUUCAGUUGCUUUUUAAGUUUAUAGGUUUUGUCAGGUCAACAAAGUUAAUUAGAGUUUUAGAAUAUGCUCUUGUUGCUAGUGGCUUUAUCAUUCUACAAUUAUUUAUUCCUUUUUGUGCAAUUACUUGGCUGCACUGUGGAAUACUCACAAGAGUCUUACUGAAAAUUGGGUUGUUCUCUCUUGCUCAUCACAUGUUUUGAUAAGAAUCACACAAAAUUGGGUUGCGGUAAUGAUCGUGGUUAUGCAAUGGUAACAUGACACUUCCAAUUAUAGGGUAAAGCCAUGAUAUAUUUCUCGAAGUGACCUAAAAUUUCUGUUCUUAUACUCCUUUACAAUGCAGGUAGUAUUGAUUAUAACACACUACAAUUGGCCUUAUUUUUUCGCUAUGUAAUUAAUGGAAAACUUAAAAUUGAUUCACUAUUAACUCGCAUAUGUUGUAUUUAUACAAGAAACCUAUCCUAAUUUAAAACUAACUAAAUCUAAUUUUAAUUUUCAAGAAUUUAGAUUAACUUUUGGGAAAUUUCUUACAUGGUUACCCCAGACUCGGGAUUUUUCUACGUAGAGCAAAGUUUUUUUUAUCUACAUAGUAACCUUAGUUGAUGCAAACCAUUAGUUGAUCGUUUAAUAUCGCUAAUUACAUUUUACCUUCAUUUAUGUCUGCACCAUGACAUUUACAUCUUCCUCCCACCAUCACCUUCUUCCUUCUACCAUAUUGAUUCAACCAUUUUUAUUGUUUCUUCUUUGUUGAUGUAGUUUUCCAUUUCACCUUUUUCUAUUGGUGCAACCAUUUUCCAAGUUGUGUGUAAACAUAUCUGGUUUUGACUUACAUGCUCUUUAUGAAGUGUUUUGUGAAGAUGUAUUAGUAUGAUCUUUUUAAUGCACUGAGAUUUUGGCGUCUUAGAAAGAAUCAAGACCUAUAUGAUUUUUCAUUUUGGAGAAAGAGAAGACUCAUAAGACAAGGAAAACUAUGCUGUAGAUGAUCUCAUUUUCGUUCAUGUAUUGGAUUCAACACUUCGCCUAUGUUAAUGCCACAUUUUCUGAAAGAACUUCACCGUGAUAGAGUGAUCUCUUUCCUCGUUGCCUUCCCCUGAUCCCCUCAACUUUUUGAAGGAGUUUUGAUGAUGUUUUAAGAAUGCCAUUUCUUUUCAAUCUAUCAUCUAGUGGAUCCUUCAUUCUUGUUUUUACAGUAUGCUUGUAUCGGUUAAGAAUACUAAAUGCUUACCUGCUGUCCAGCUGGUUGUUGGCUUGUUGCAUUAAGAUAGAUCCCCUUUCUUUCAUGGAACUUAGUUCUGUUUCUUCUGCCUUUUACGUUGCUCAUCUUGUUGUUGCAUAUAAAAUAUAGCUACAAGUCACACUCCAUGGAUGCUGCAUAAUAUCAUGUUCUCGCGUAUGUAUGCAUUUUCUUUAUCAUUCAUCAUUAGAUUAAUAUCACUCUACCGUAUUCAUGUCUACUAGAUAGAGUUUUUAAGCUUUUACGAUGGGUGUCCUUGCUGUCUUUUUCUCCAGGUGCUCGGUUCUUAGAAGUUUUUAUGGGCUACUAUAUACCCCUCCUUUUUUUGUUCUUGGGGUUUGGUACAUCUUGCAAGUCAUAGAAAGGGAUCCAUAAUUUUGGGGGAAAUGAACAUAACGGUAUAAAACAGGUUUACCCAUGUUUUUUCCAUCAAAAUGAUUAAGGGGACCACUAUGAAUGAUACAAAGGUUAUGAUGGAAGACUAAUAGCUAUAACUAGAAAGUGCCAAGAACCAAAACACAUUUUUGGAAAGUACCAAGAACAAAAAGGAUAGGGAGGCAUAUGAACUUGAUGUUGAUAACUAGCUAAGACAACUCUAAUUUGACCUAAAUGAAUUGAAACAUUUAUGUUUGAAGUUACCGAAGCCUUUUGUAAAAAAUGAGAUUGAACUACAAUUGGUUUCAGUUGCACCUUUCUAUGUGAGACAGCUUGAUUGUAUCUGUUAUCAGCAGGUUCAUAUGCCUCAGCAUUCAUAUCUCUCUAUCAAUUGUUAAACCAGGUUCUGCAGUUAAAAGCUAAAACAUGAAGCUUUGGGAAACGCUAUUCACCACAACCAUAUCCUUUAAUAGCAGUGUGCAAUACAUGGUUACCUAUUUCGUUGAUAAAUGAAAAAUGACUGGAGAGAGCUAUUAAUGUUCUACGAUUACGGCUUACAAUCUUUAUUUAAAAGCAUAUUUCCCGAUUUUAUUUGUGUUGCGUCACGUGAUUCUCUUUUGUGCUGCCAUUUACAUCUCUCUUUUUUUUCCGAUUGUUCAUAUUUGAUCUCUUUUAAUAGCAUAAUUAUUUGUUUCAAUUCAUGUAUUAAACGUCAAAACCUUAAUAACAAUAUGUUUUAAUUCAUGUAUCAAAACUUAUGCACACUUUAAGUUUUCAUUAUUUUGCUUAUCAAUUUGUGCUUGCUCUUAGCCUGAACUACAUGCAUAUUUAUAAUCGGACUAAACACCAUUUUUAUAAUUAUGUGUAAUCCAAUUCUUAAAUUGUUGAAUGACACACUUAGGUGUUUAGUCCUAUGCUCCUAAAAACAUUUUAUUUUUACUAUUUAAAUUUUUUUAAUUUAUGUAGAAUUAAUUUUUACUUGUUUGUUUCUUUACAAACGUGUCCGAUAGUCUUUGACCUGUUAGACGUGCGGUAACAUACUUCUAGAUCUCGAUAGAGCUAAUUGUCUAUGCAUGUCAUUAUAAUAAUGAUCUUACGUAAUUGACAACAUGUGAUUUGUGAUGACCAAAUUUUUCACUUUGUUAUUCUUUUCUCCUAUAUCUUGUUGGCAGUGGAACUGUCAGUGCAGUGAUGUGGAAUUGUAGACAAGUCACUGGCCCCAGACUAAUGAAUAAUGAUAUCCUAAGUAAAGCUUAUAACUUGGAUAUCCAAGCAGAUGAAUAAACUUCCUACCCUUUGUUGGAAUAAGUUAUCUUUUGAGUUCUGUUUAAGGUUUGAAACUGAUGCCCGGCCCCCUAGGCCAAGAGACUCAUCGCUUUGCCAAUAAACCAAAUUGUAUUGGCUCUGCUUUUAAUAUAAAGGGUGCAAUGCAAUGCCCAAACUGUAGGAAGAUUGAGAAAGGUCAAUGGCUCUAUGCCACUGGUUGUCGUUCAUUUACAGAUUAUGUGGAGGACUGGCCUCAUGAUGAGGAACUUUAUGACGUGAGCUACUCAGAGAUGUUUGGCGUUCCAUGGUGCCCCGUACCUGCCUUUUCACGAUUUCCCUCAUUUGAGGAGGGGGACUUCCCACCUACUGCGUAUCGCGAUUUUUUGGUUCAACAUGCUGUCUUUACUGAACAUUCAACUAUUUCAUCUUCUCCUCAUCAAUGCCCUUACAUGGCAUAUUAUGGACCUGUUCACUCCUCAUCUUCAAGCUCUGUUGGGAGUGUGUCUGAUGGCUCCAGUUUUGGCAAUCGUUGGGGUGGCCCAUCUGGCGCCAGUGAAAUACCAACAUCAUAUACCUUUGCGGCUAUGGAUCCCCAUUAUCAUGGUUGGGAGCAUCAUUCUCAGAGUUUCCCUGCUAAUGGAACUCACUUGGGUGCUUCUGAUCAAACAUCUGCUCCAUCUUUGACAACAAGAUCCUCUCGAAUCAACUCUGAUAUACCAAGAUCAGGGUCAUUUGUCCAUCCAUUUAUCAUAAGUCACAGUUCUGGUGGUAGGGUCGGAAGCUCAGUUACUUCAUCUAUGGUUCCACCUUAUCCAGGCAGCGCAGCUCGGGCUCGUGAUCGUGCACAAGCUCUUCACGCAUAUGUUCAUCCACCUAGCAGUUCCCCACCUAUGCGUGCACCGAUUAUGUCAAAUACAAGAUCUAGUGGUCGUCGGGGCUUGUCCCAAGGGGCCCCACUGCCCUCAUCAUCCGAUCAGACAGGUGGUGGCUUCUUUGUCUUCCCAUCAGGCACACCCCCUCAGAGCUUCCAGGAAGCAGAAAAUCCAUUAUCUAGCAGAUAUGUGUGGGAAAGAGACCAUUUGGCUUCUUUUCCAUUAACUCAGGGUGAUAGAGAGUCCAGUUGGAUUCCCCACCAGGCUAUUGGUGGGUCUAGCAGUUUCCGUCAAUGGCAUGGGUCCGAACGGACACUAUGACAAAAUCGGUCAUGAAGACUAUUCUGUGCAUCCUUUUUCGUUUUGGGAAAAAACAAUUUGUCAAACAUUUACAAAUGCAGAAACGAAAGAAGUAUGUAAUGUAUGAAACGAUGCAGAAUGAUGGUUCUAAUGAUGUUGAAUGGGUCUUGCGGAGUCCUUUUUGGCGGUGGGCUUGAUCGAGAAGCUUAACUGCCUUGAAGGUAGAGCAAAAUAAGACAUUGAAUUAUGAAUGGCCUAUGGUCUAUGUGGAGAGAUGUCCAUAAUGAGUAGACUAUUGCCUAAAAAAAGGUGAGAAAGCCUCGAGGUUUGCUAAAAGAGGGGAACUGAAUUCUGUUGCUUAAGCAUAAUUCCCUGAAUAUUUGUGUUAUUUUGUAUGAAAAAAAAACUUGAAUUUUAAAGACUUAAUUAUCUUGCUCGUU